AUGAAAAUUUCAAAGAGUGUCUCUAAUUACCCCGAAACUCGUGGCAAGUAUGAGACUGCUGUUGGCCAAUUAAGAUCUGCUGAUGAAAUGGUCGAUUUUUAUUCAGAAUUAAUCAUGGCGCAUCCACGAGUUAUUUUGAUCAUGGAUCCGUUUAGAAAAGCAGACAAAUCAUCAAUACUCUCGUUAUGUGAUCGCAUUUCUACUCGUUGUUACAUAACAACAACAACAAAUCAAACUAAUUUAGUGCAAGAAAAUUUAUCAGAUGAAGUGAAAAUAAAUAAUUGUCACUUUGUAUCAAUUGAAAAUGGAUUAACAUUAACCGAUGCAAUUGCUAUCAUAAAUACAGUCAAAGAAUGUUCAACAAAAUUAACUCGUUUACAACAAAUUCGUCAAGAACUAAUCACGGAUGGUCUUUUAAAUCCGCUACAAGGCCAUGAAUUUGUUUCCAUUCAACAAUCACAGCCGUCUCCUAUUAAUACGCCAGAUUCAUUAAAAGUGGGUGGCGGUAAUGGAGCAUCGCAGCCACCAAAAAGCAAAGAGAAGAAAAAACGAUAG